CUCAAAAUAUGAUAUUUUGUUAUGAAUAUUUCAUUGCCUAUAAUUGUUUUACAUGCAGGUUUUUAGUGAUCCAGUAAUCUUACUGAGCUCUGGUCUGAGCUCGCAGUUGACAAUUUCACAUCCUUAGCACUAAAGUGCCGUUUACACGCUGCAACAAACUGGCUUGCACAAGCCAAUCAUUAAGUGCCGUUUACACGCUCAAGCCAUUUGCACAAGCCCGAUCGCUCAGGCAAAUCGUUACUGGAUACUUUUGCAUCGCAACAAGUCGAUUGCUGCGCUACAUUUGUUGCCGUGCUGUGUUCACUAGACGGCGAGUUGCACGCUACUUACUAUACGCAACAUUGUAUCAUGUAUCUGUGCUACAAAUGUUGCGCGACUCGUGUUCACUAGAAUACCUAAGCAGCGCAAUAAUUUUGUAUCUGCACAAACUUUUCCGUACUCGUUUCAGUCGAUCUCUUUCGGUUUGAAAAUGUCGAGAAAACUUGCUGCUGCUCUAAUUGUGCUUUCAACUAUAAAAAUACGAAGACUUGCUAAAAAAAGGAAAAUAUGAGUUCCCGAGUGGAUAGCGAGAAGAACUGAACUAGGGGAUAAACAAUUAAUGAAAUAAUUAUGACAUGAAGAUCCGGGAUGUUACAAAAAUCUUUUACGUGUGUCUGCAGCAGAUUUUGAUUAUACGGGGUGAUUCACAACCUUAUGGACACAGAGCAGGGGCGUGCAGGUCAACUAUGAUAGACAAAAGACACCCACUCACCAAAUCCUACGCACCAUCCCUCAACAGAUUAAAAGAAGCUGAAAAGUCUCAUCUAGUAGAACAUUACUAUAUGAUUCACCCCUUCAGCAUGUUCAGCUUUUACUUUAACAUGCUAGUGGUGGUGAUACUAAUAAUGCAUUUCAUUGCUGCACCAGUAGUUUAUCCCCUUUUGGAAAGCAAUUGGAUAAUCAAUGUAAUCUUGCUUCCAGUAAAUCUUGUCUUUAUAUCCCUGAUAAUUAUAACAUUCAGUACUGGAUGCUACGACGAAACCCACAACGUAGUAAUUAUGAAAACGGGAUAUGUAGCGGCACGCUACCUGCGCACAUAUUUUAUAUUCGACAUUCUUUCAUUUCUGCCUCAAAUAUUACGAUUCUCUCGAAUGGAUGAAGCGCUUCAGAGGAAAUCGUUCCACAUGACCACGCCAAUAUUGGUCAUUCUCAGAUAUUUCAGGUACUUUUGGUGUCUGAAAGUCCUGCAAAAUCUUCGCUUAUACUAUGGCUUCAGUACCUUCACCUAUAAAGCGGUGAAGUUAAUACUCCAUAUUACAGUUGGACUGGUUCUUUGCAUCUACAUUUCCUUUUCAUUUUUGACUGAUGUACCUAAUCACUCAGGAGGAGUAUUCCUCAAACAUUCAGAAGCCACUUUAAAAAUGUUGAUGCUGGUUAGUAACGGCCACCACAACAAGGAAUACUUAGCGGAAUUGAUUCUUUCCAAUACGUUCAUCUUGCUCGGCUUCGUCCUACACUUGGCCAUUCUGGUAGAGACGACACAAAUUUGGUCGAAGUAUUUUAAUGCUGGAAACCAACAAAUUACUGUGUAUGAUUCGGUAAAUGCGUAUAUGCGAUAUAAGGCGUUGCCCAUGACUCUUCGGAAGAGGAUUUAUCUAUAUCUAGAAUUCAAGUAUCAGGGCCAUUUUUAUAAAGAGUCAGUAAUAAAAAAAGCAACAUCAAACUUUCUGAGAAGAGAAAUCCUGCUGGCCGCUACUAAGAAAAACAUCAGAAACAUCGACAUGUUUGGCAAGUUUCCUGCAAAUUUAUUGAAAAGGAUCCGCUCGCAUUUGGUAUCAGAAAUAUUUUUGCCUGGUGACAUUAUCAUUAGGGCUGGUAAUGCAGGUCAGUGUAUGUUUAUUCUGUUAGCCGGAACAGUUGUGGUUACAACGUCAGAAGAUCGAGCAGUGUGUUAUUUGCGGGAUGGAAGUCAUUUCGGAGAAGUAGCCUUAGCUUUCAAUUUAUUCCGAAAUGGAAAUGUAACUGCGGUCACUCCUUGCGAAAUUUACAAACUAGAUCGACACAGUUUCUGGACAAUUAUGGCGAAACAUCCAGAUUUAUGGAAAAUGGUUCAAAACAAGGCAGCUGAUCAACUGGUGAGAGCAGGGGAUGCAGCAAAUAUUGUUGAUACUAAACAAGGUAAAAUUAAAAUUAAGUUGAUUUGGAAAUACGGUAAUUUAUUUCGUUAUUUUGGCUAGACCCCUAAAAGAAUGAUAUCUGAAGAAUCCGAAGGUUUUUCGAGCGUUAGUUACCUAGUUUAGUUACAACUUAUUGCAAUUGUCGCUUAUUAAAAAAAAUAUUGCUUAGAAUUACGAUAUAAUUAAGCGUGUAGUUCAGAAUAAUUGAUAUAAUUUAGUAUUAGUUAUUUGCACACAAAAUAGAAAAUUUUCGAUUUUCGAACUAAUGCACAUUUAACAUUUAUGUUACAUAGUAGAUUAGCUAAGUAGUUUCAACAUAUUUAAUUAAUAUCCAGCAAAAAUGAUUAACUUAACACGUUUUAUAAAAGUGCUAGUGAAUAUAGAGCGUUUUUAAAAAAAUAGUUGAAAUAAGUCAAGUGGUUUUAUAUGCAACAUUAGUCAGAAUUCGGUGAAUUAUGUAUGCACAAUAAAACAAGAUCGAAAAUUCUUCGUUACGAAAGCGCAGAGUGUUUUAUCACUUUCUAGUUUAUUCCGAAACAAACUUAUCUUUUCAUAUUUUAUUGCGCGACUAUUCUUUUCCAUAUUUUCAUCUAUUUACUGCAUUUUCAAUCUAACACUACUGCAGGCAAGAUUGUAUAAAGAGCUCAAAAUUGUGAAUAAACGAUUAGUGCAU